UAGUACAUUAUCAGUGUCGUGUAAUGACUUGUAAUGGAAGUAGUGUAAACAGUUAACAAUAUGAGUAAUGUUACUUUGAGAAUAAUACGGAAAACAAUUAAAUGGAAAUUUAAUAUGUUUAUCUUUUGGAUAUUAUUGUUAAGUGUGUUCGAUAAAUGUUUAGCAACAGAUAUUAUUACACGACGAAUUGACGCUAAUAAUACAAAUUCAAAAAUCCUUGAACAGUUAAAUACAUUGCAACUUACAGCUAAAAUUAAUAUUACGGAUGAUGUGGAAAUUGCAGAAAAUGUAGACUUAAAUAAUAUUAAACGAAAUGCAUCAAAACAAGUGAGACCGGGACAAACUGUUCGUUAUUAUUCUAUAGAAAUAAUUGUUAAUGGUGAUAAAUUCAAUGGUCGGGCUACACUUGAUGUUCGACUGACUACAUCAACAAGCAGAUAUCCAGUUAUUCUUCAUGUAGAAGAUUUAGACAUACAUUCAGUAUAUACAGGAUAUAAUAACCCAAACUUUUUGAGUGAUUUUGAAGUUUAUGAUGGCUUAUUAGAAAUUAGACCCGCACACUCUUUUAGUGACUUGAUGAUUCUCAUUGAGUACAGUGGGUCAUUGGGAAGUGAUGGUCGAGGAGGAAUUUACCGAGGGCAAUACGGUGACAGCACAUAUAUAGCAAUGAAUUUAUAUCCAACAAAUGCAAGACGAGUUUUUCCUUGCAUGGACGAACCGACGGCAUCAUCAGAUAUUACGUUUAGUUUUAAAAAUCUCAAUUAUAAUUUCAUUUUGUCUAAUUCUUUAUUAGAAAACAAGGAUCCGCACCAAUUCCACCCUUUGGUAACUCCUCCACAUCUUUGGGGCGUGGUAGCGCACAAUUUUCUAAACAUUGCAUGGCCUAUCUCAAAGGUUUUUGUAUUUGGACGUCCAGGACUAAGGAAUCAACAUGAACUCGCCUCAAUUACUAUCAGUCAGUAUUAUAAUAAUCUCAAUAUGUGGACUGGAAAGAACUAUUUCAACAUACAGGACAACCAAGCAGAUAAAUUAAUUAUAAUUGCCUUUCCUGAUAUUUCCAAAGAGUGGUAUUCGCUCUCUGUGAUUGGAAUAUGGGAGCCUUACAUUUGCAUGGAAUAUGAACAUUCAGUAAAGCAAAGAAGUAUUGGCUUUAUAAAGAUAGCAGAAGCUCUGUCCAGACAUUGGUUCGGAUAUGGCAUAUAUCCAGAGAACUGGAAACACGAAUGGAUAGUAUCAGGUCUCGGAAUAUAUGCUGCUUGGGAUAUAUUUAGAGAGUAUCAAUCUGAUCUUUUAAGUACAGACACAUCGCUUCUAGACGUCAACAGUUUAUUUGUCACGGAGAUUAUACAAGAAAGUUUACUUCGAGAUGCCUAUAUAAGUUCUCAAGUUUUACAACCGCUAGAUGACUUGUUUGAUGAAAUGAGUAUUAGAAAUAACAUUAAUGGACUUAUCAAAUAUAAAGCACCGGCAAUAAUGAGGAUGCUGAGACUCGCACUUGGUGAUAAAGACUUUAUACAAAUUGCAGCUAGACUCUUACUAGAAUUCAGGUCUGUUAAUACAGUAAAUACUUUUCGUUUUAUCGAUGCUAUUAAUAGUGAGUGGAUUGCAACUGGCAAUGGUUUAAUAGACAAUAUGGCGGAAUUUGUGAAUUCAUGGGCACAGAAUACCGGAUAUCCGACCCUUCAUGUCAGUAUAAGAAGAAUGGGAAUAUUUGUCACUCAGGAGCGAUUUUCUUUUACUUACCAAUCAGGUGUAGAUGUCAUAUAUCCGGUACCGAUAACUUAUACAACAAGUGCGAAUCCUAACUUUACCUCUCAAAAUACAUAUCCACAAAUAGUAAUGCAGCAUGUGAUGUCAAUAAAUAUGGUUUUGGAUGACAAUGAUUGGGUACUUCUUAAUAUUCAAGGCCAAGGAUAUUAUCGUGUCAAUUACGAUAUUGAUUUAUGGAAGAGACUGAUCGCAGCUCUUGAAGAUCGUGACACGAGAGAUGUCAUCCAUCCACUGAAUCGAGCCACCUUAGUGGACGAUGCGUUGAAUCUGGCAAGAGCAAAAAAACUGAGCUACGACAUAGCUUUCCGCGUCGUUUUGACUAUGGAACAUGAAGUUGAGUACUCCGCUUGGAAAGCGUACGUGAGGAAUAUGGACUAUAUAAGGAGACGUCUCGAUGGAGCAGCAGUAAACAGCGACCACAGGGAUUCAGACGCUUACUUGUAUAUUCUUCGAAAAGUUAUUAGCAGAUUCGAAAAGGAAAUCGGAUUUUAUCCGAUUGUUUCAAAUGAGCCUGCAAUAACGUCGCUAACACGAGGAUUGGUUAUGGACCAUGCUUGCAGGGCUAACUAUCAGCCUUGUAUCGAGGCAGCCAUAAAUUGGUUCUACGAACCUGAUAGCAAAAGAACUGUUCUGAAUCCACACAUACCAUAUGAUAUCAGACCGGCAGUAUACUGUGCUGUUGUGAAAGAGGGUGGUGAUCAGGUAUUGUCACUAUUGCAAAACCGUCUCAAGAUAGAGCCAACGAUGUAUGAACGCGUUGUCAUAUUGGAGUCAUUUGGCUGCUCUCAAGAUGACGCAUUUAUAAAAACGUUUCUUCAAGAGACCAUAGACGAAAAUAGCCCCUACAGUGUUGAGGAAAGAUCCAAGAUUUUUGAAGCCGUAGCCAAAAGCAAUUAUGACAACAUCGAUAUAGCUUUAUCAUUUAUAACGAGGAACAUUGAAGUAAUUAGGAAUAAAUAUGGCGGUCCGGAAAAAUUGGAAGAAAUUAUGUAUAUAGUGGCUGAUAACUUAGUGGAUGAAAAUCAAACUUUAUACUUUGAACAAUGGGUGUACUCGGUGAACAGUAGUUUAGGUGAUUCUCUUAAUGCCGCAGAAAAAGCAAGGGAUUUAGCUAAUGAAAAUUUUAAUUGGGUUAUUUCUCAUAUAGAUUCGAUUUAUGAAUUGUUGUUGGAAAUCGCAGAUGAAGAUGAUAAUGGCAAUGGGAAUGGCGAAUGUAGUGGAGAUGAAGAUUGUGAAGAGAACAGCGGCGAUGAAUGCGACAAAAGUAGUGAUGAAGAUUGUGAAGGGAACAGCGGAGACGAAUGCGACAAAAGUAGUGGAGAUGAAGAUUGUGAAGAGGACAGCGGAGACGAAUGCGACAAAAGUAGUGAUGAAGACUGUGAAGAGAACAGCGGAGACGAAUGCGACAAAAGUAGUGAUGAAGAUUGUGAAGAGAACAGCGGAGACGAAUGCGACAAAAGUAGUGAUGAAGAUUGUGAAGAGAACAGCGGAGACGAAUGCGACAAAAGUAGUGGAGAUGAAGAUUGUGAAGAGAACAGCGGAGACGAAUGCGACAAAAGUAGUGAUGAAGAUUGUGAAGAGAACAGCGGAGACGAAUGCGACAAAAGUAGUGGAGAUGAAGAUUGUGAAGAGGACAACGGAGGCAAAAGCAAUGAAAGUAACGGAACUGAAGAUUGCAAUGAGAUUGGCAAUGAAAAUAACUCAAACGAAUGCAAAACUGAUGGUGGGGAUGAUGCUCCGAAAUUAUUAUUCUCUUUUAUUAUGACUACUUUAUGUCUAUCAAUUACUACAUUCAAUUUUUAUACUGAUGUAUAGUAUUAACACAUAAAUCAUACAUAUAUAAUGGACAUUACAAUAAUUUCAAUCUUUUAUUGUCUAUGGAAUUUUUUAGUUAUUUCAUUUUCAUUUAAGAGUUUCCUCUUGUCGGUUCAACUAAUUCAUGCAUCUUCCUCCAGCCAGCUCUAUCCCAGGCCAUAUCCUUUAUCUCCCUAUACGAAAUGACGCCUAGUGUUUCCUUUAUCUGUCUCAUGUAGUUAACCCUCGGUCUUCCUCUUCCUCUUUUGCCCUCUAUCUUUCCUUCUAUUAUUAGUUAUAAUAUCAUAAAAUAUAAACUCAAGUAUAAAUUAGCCAUCGCAUACCUCUUUAUUUUUCUAGAGCUACCAUUACAUAAUUAACAGAAAUUCCUCGAGUGUUGUAGACAUUCAAAUAUAUUGAGAAUUCACAUGUAAAACAAAGAAAAUCGGCUUUAUAAGAACGCGGCCAAAAUAAUUUUUCUCUAGUCCUCAUAAUUAUAACUAGUCUCCCUUAUACAAUGCCCUAAGGAUUGUUUCUAAGCUGCUGAAACAGUUGAAUCCAUUGGCACUCUUUAAAACAUUUGAGGUUCAUUUAUUUAAUGCGGGUUAUUAUGCAUUUCGUUCACUUCUAAUUGUUUUUCUCCUCUAUCCUUUGGUAAAUUCAUUUACACUUCAGCUCGUCAUCGAUAUAUCUAUAUAGUCUGUCUCCAAUAAAUAUAUUCAAAAAUUCUGUAUUAAUGGAGCUGUCACCGACUCGGUGUCGGUACAUUUUGAAAACAUAAUUAUUUUUAUUUGACAAUAAUAAAAAAGGUGAAAACUGAAUGUGGUAUAUUUUCUACAAAUGUCAUAUAUUGAAGAGUUAUAUACGUUAGAUUAGUUUAUCAUUCAUUGAGUACAUUAUAGUUUCUUACCAAUCGAGGACUUCCGACUUUUACUUCUUUAAACUGAUUUGUCCAUAAAGGUUAAAUUCUAUACUAUAAUUAGGUAUAUUCAAACGGUGACAAUCGCCAUUUUGUCAAUGAACUUAAAAAUUAAUUCUACGAUUUAAUAAAGCAUGCCAAACAUUGUAUUGAUGUUGAAGUACACAAUUUUGAAAAAGAUAAGAGAUAAUAAAUUUUUCGAAUAUAA